GAAUUGAAGCGUCUACUAAAGAAGACUUAUCCUAGGAAUCAAUCAUGUGAUAUACAUAUUGUGAAUACAUGCGUGUCAAGAGGACCGUCCAGGGCAUGAUUAAUGAAACAGGACGGGCCGAGUUUCGACAAAAGGUACGUAUUAAGGAGCUGUUCGAAAGUUUUUUAUAUAUUACUCUAUAGCUUUGUUCGUUUAAUCAGACGGAUCCACCAAAAAAGGAAGAGCAAAAAUAAAAGAGAGAGGCCUGUGGUUUAUGGUCUUUCAUAUACUAGUUGAUAGUUGUGUUCCUUUAACCAGAUGAACCUAACAGAACCCAUCCGG